GAUGCAAAAAGAGAAAAACUUCAUGACAAAAUGAUCGAGAAUGUUGCUGAUCGCCAUCUGUAUGCAACAAGUCUUUGUACUCUCCAAGUCGGCUAUAUCAAGAACCUACAGAAUGCGCGCGUCCGAAAUCUCAUUCGUUUGGUAAAAUUCUGGCUGCAACGCGCAUUUUCUACCGACGAUGAGAAGUCUAACUUGCCCAGUGCGUAUUCGCUUCAAUUCUUGGUAAUCUCGUUAUGGGAAAGCGCUGGAAGACCCGAAACCUUCAAGCCUUCGGUUGGAUUCCGUGCGAUUAUGGAAACGCUACAGAAUUACAGCGAUAUGUAUGUCACGUGGAGCGUGUACUACUCCAAGGACAAGAUACAGCGAGCCCUUGUUAACCAGAGGUGAGGUUUUGACAAAACAGGCCGCACUAUCAAAGUCUCUGUGAUCACAAGAUGAAUUUAGCAUAGGUAAAUUCAGUUGUUGUAACAAGUUUAGAACAAGCUGUUAACAACUUGUAACAAGCUUGAUGGUAUUAUCAGACUUGUCACGCGUGCGUGUGAAAAUCUCACAUCUUGUAGCAAGUCUGCCAACAAGCUGCCAACAACUUGUGUUCGCACUGCUUGUCCCAAGUUGUCAACAAGUUUGGAACAAGCUGUUAACAAUUUGUAACAACCUUGUUGAUAUUAUCAGGCUUGUUACAAGGUUGUUCCAACAAGUCCGCUACAGUCAUGAUAUAGCAGUAUUGUUACAACCUUGUGUCGUCAACCUUAUAACAUUCUUGUUUAUCAUGACUGUAUCAGACUUGUUAGAACAACCUUGUAACAAAUCUGAUGCCAUCAAGCACAAGUUGUUAACAGCUUGUUCCAAACUUGUUAUACAACAACUGGGAACAAGCAGUGCGAACACAGCUUGUUGACAGCUUGUGAACAGAUUUGUAACAACUUGUCUGCAGACUUGUAACAACUUGUGCGUUUUUACGUGUGUACAAGUCUGAUACAGUCAUGAUAUAACAAGAAUGUUACAAGGUUGACGACACAAGGUUGUGACAAUAUUGUUAUAUCAUGACUGUAUCAGACUUGUUGGAACAACGUUGCAACAAUCAACAAGUUUGUUACAAAUUGUUAACAGCUUGUUCCGAACUUGUUGUCAACUUGGGACAAGCAGUGCGAACACAACUUGUUGACAGCUUAUUAGCCAAACUUGCUACAAGAUGCGAGAUUUUUGCGUGUGUACACUGGAAUCCCACAUUUGUAAAAUAUUUAAUUGUUCGCUAUAGUUAAACAUUUUAUCACCGUUUUUCUAGACGACCAAUUUUAAUGGAUCCUUGCGACCCGACUAAAAAUUACGCCGCCGAAUGCAACUGCUGGAAUGACGUCGCCACCGUUGCCAUAGCAACGCUGGGUAAGCCAAUGAUACAAGACGUCACACCCAAUCCAAGAUGGCAAUGAACAAUAAUGGAACACAAAACUGAUGAGGCAACACAGCAUGAUAAACGCACAUAGACACAUUGUGAAAGACAAGUUAAUGUUUUGCAAACACAAUUUCUCGCGAAGAAUUUAAAGGUCCAUUUCAACUCAAGAAAAAUUUUCACGGACAGAAAAAUGUUCCGAAAAUAUCAUUGUUAAAAGUUGAAAAUUUUCAACUUCAAAAUUUUUUUCCGACGGAAAAUUUUCUUUUUGCGGAAAAUUUUCCUGAGUGAAAUGCCAGGACCUUUAGACGUCAAACUUUGAAAAAAAAUAAUUGCAAGACAUUAAACUGAAAUAAUAAAAAGAAUUUUUUAAUUCAAAUUAUCAAAUAACACCAUAUUUCAUCGGUCCCAUCAAUUACUAUCAAGAAUAAAGCCAGAUUUCCACUUGUGAGAAAAAGUUCGCUGCCGAAAGUUUUUCGCCAAUUUCUUUUGAAUUGUGAGCGGUCAAAGUUACAACGAAUUUAUUCGGAUGAUCACAAUUCAAAAAUAUUUCGACGACGAAAUAUUUCUCUGCGAGUGGAAAUCCACACUAAGAACUAUAAUAAAUAAACUUUUUAGGGGAUAAAGUUAAAUUAGAAAAAAACCCAGGACAUUUUCUGUCGUCUUUGUGAGCUUGCUUUAUAUGCUGCAGUGAGCCAGGUAGCUUUUGUAUGUAUCUGAACUAAGAAAAGAUUAACAAGCGUUCGUUUAUAGCCAAUGGAACCAUUCUCUAAUGAAUAAAAUUUUGAUCUAGACAAGUCUAGACAAAAAAUUCAUCACAGCUUGAAAGAGCAUCACAGAAUUAGUAAUAUUCCGAAGUUUCGUUGCGAAAUGUUGUAAAAUGCGGAUAGUAUGGCCCUGCGAAAUUUGCCGUUUUUCAGUCAUUUUGUAUUACGCGCGGGAAAUUGAUACCUUUUUUCAGAAAGCGGUAUCAAUUUCCCGUGCGUAAUAGAAAAUGACUAAAAAACGGCAUAAAGAUUAUGUUGUCAUCUUCGUGUGUACGUACGUAUGUGUGUGUGUUAGCAGGAUGUGAAAUUAGCAAAAGUCUGUCUUGCUUUGCCGGGCACAUUACAUUGUAUAAUUUCAAUCCUUAGAUAGAUGACUUGCCCAAUAUAUUUUGUUGAGCACACAAAAAAGGCUUCCGAAAUCGCUACAUCGAAUUGCUUAAGCCACACGCACGACAAAAAAAGCCAAAAAUGAUUAUUCCCCCUUAUAAACUCUGUAAAUAUUUUAUGUUCGUAUUAGUCCAUUUAAUACUGAAAGAGUUAUAGUAUACCUACAAUAUGGAAUUUCUAUCUGAAAGGGUUAAACUCCAAGUCGUUUUCCAAGAACACGGAGUUUUUAAAAGAGAAAAAUAGAACUAAAUGUAUACUUGUUCAACUGCCACAUCUACGUGUAUGCAACGUGGCCAGCGGUUCCAUAAUCACUACCAUUAACAGAACCGGACUUCUCUCGUAUCAACGGGUCGUGUUCAGUCUCAAAGGAAUCUUGGAUGUCGAUGGGAGAGACGCUUUCACGACGGCAAUCUGGGCCAAUGUAGCUUAGCAAGACCGGAAGAAAUAGAAGGCCGUGACUUGCUCCGAAUAACACUAUACCCAAGUACAUACGGAAAUAGAAUACCUGUAGAAGAG